GGUGGUCGGUCGGGACUUUUGCAUGGAAUCCCGUGUCUGGACACUUGCUCUACGCUAUGUAGAGGCCGGCAUCUCCCAGCAUUUACGAUUCUCCAGACGACUUCCCCUGUGUCCCCUUGUUCUGCCCUCUUUUUUGGUUUUUUUUUUCUGAGGCUCCGCUUGCCACACUUGAUCUCUCGCGGAUCGUCUGUGGUGCUCGCAGAUUCGCAGUUUUAGAGACUUUUCAUCGCCCAUCACUCACGCCCCGUCUCCGGCCCGGCUGGUAGUCCUGGCAGCAGACGAAGAACCGAAACCCGAAACGAAACCGAAGCGACUUCGGCGAAUCAUCGAUAACGAAAUUGUCUUGUCUCUUUUUUCUUCUGAUUUUUGAUUUUUCUUCCAGCUCCGAGUCUUAUUCCAUCUCUCGGCGCCCACCCCGAUACUUUGUCAACCACGGAGGGACCACGGGUCAGGUCCUAAUCGAUAUCCACUUUAGAGUCAUACCUCUACCUUCGCGGUCCAGUUUCACGACCUAACUUUAUCGAAUCCUUCCAUCCGACCGUCGAGCCGAUUACAGUCGUAUUAGUUUCAUAAGAUCCAGCAAAAUGUGUGGUAUUCUCGCCCUUAUCCUCGCGGAUACCGAUGCGUCGGACGCCUCUGCCGAUUUGCACGAGAGCUUGUACUAUCUUCAACACCGUGGUCAAGAUGCCUGUGGUAUCGCGACCUGUGGUUCUGGAGGUAGAAUCUUUCAGUGCAAGGGCAAUGGCAUGGCCUCCAAGGUCUUUGACGACGGCAAGCGCACGGUAGACCUUCCCGGCUACAUGGGCAUUGCCCAUCUUCGUUACCCGACUGCCGGAACUAGCUCUAGCGCCGAGAGUCAGCCUUUUUACGUCAACUCGCCCUACGGCAUCUGCUUCGCGCACAACGGUAACCUCAUCAACGCUCCCGCCCUGCGCAGCUAUCUCGACCAAGAGGCCCAUCGUCAUGUGAACACCGACUCGGACAGCGAGCUGAUGCUCAACGUCUUUGCCAACGCCCUGAACGAGACCGGCAAGGCCCGUGUCAACACCGACGACAUCUUCAGUGCCCUCAAGAAGACGUACGAGAGGUGCCAAGGUGGCUGGGCCGUCACUGCUAUGAUUGCUGGCUUCGGUAUCUUCGCCUUCCGUGAUCAAUACGGCAUCCGCCCCCUCAUUAUGGGAUCGCGUCCCUCCAGCACCCUCGAAGGCGGUAUCGACUACAUGUUCGCUUCCGAGAGCAUUGCUCUUCGUCAGCUGGGCUUCAGCAACUUCCAGGAUAUCCUCCCGGGACAAGCCGUGUUCAUCCAAAAGAACGGGCAGCCUCAAUUCCACCAGGUUGUUGAGCAAAAGGCUUACUCCCCCGAUAUCUUCGAGUACGUUUACUUCGCCCGCCCGGAUACCAUCAUGGAUGGAAUCUCCGUGCACCGCAGCAGGCAGAACAUGGGCGUGAAGCUUGCCAACAAGGUCAAGGAGAUCCUCGGAGAGGAGGGUGUCAAGGAGAUUGAUGUGAUCAUUCCCGUCCCGGAGACCAGUAAUACUGCCGCUGCCGUGGUAUCAGAGCAGCUUCGGAAACCCUUCUCUAACGGUUUCGUCAAGAACCGUUACGUCUACCGCACCUUCAUCUUGCCCGGUCAGAAGGCCAGGCAAAAGAGCGUCCGGAGAAAGCUCAGCGCCAUGGAGUCCGAGUUCAAGGACCGUGUCGUCCUGCUCGUGGACGACUCCAUUGUCCGUGGCACCACCAGUAGGGAGAUUGUGAGCAUGGCUCGUGAGGCUGGUGCCCGCAAGGUUAUCUUUGCUAGCUGUGCUCCUCCCAUCAUCUACCCCCACAUUUACGGUAUCGAUCUCGCUUCUCCACAGGAGCUCAUCGCCCACGAGAAGACAAGAAGCGACAUCGCCAAGCACAUCAAUGCCGAUGAUGUCAUUUACCAGGACCUUGCCGACCUUAAGGCGGCCUGUACUGAGGCCUCUCCUGAUCACCAGAAGAUCACCGACUUUGAAGUGGGUGUGUUCUGCGGCAAAUACCAGACCGACAUCCCUGAAGGUUACUUCGACCACCUGAACGAGAGCCGUGGCACGAAGCGGAAGGCCGCCGUUGUGAACGGCACCAACAAGGUCUUGGUCGCCAAUAGCGGCCCGGUCAAUGUUUCUACACCCGAACCCCCUGCGCUCAUGGAGAACCCCGAGAACAGGCAGGAUAUCAGCAUCCACAACAUUGCCAACUCCUAAUAGGCGAUUUUGCGGAGUUACGGAACACUCGUAACUAAAAGGACGACGGUUCGAUAUUUGUUUUGCGUAAACGGUGAUUGCGCUUCAGAAUUUGCAUCACAUUGCGCAUCACAGUAGAGUAUGAGUACGAGCGUCUCUGGAUGAUGAUUUUCUAUAUGGCAUGGUAUGCCUGGGACAGGAAAGUUUGUCUACUCUUGCACGCUUGGUACACAAUCACAACAAACAAAAACAUACAGAUAGAUGCAUAAUUACGGAGGAGGUCGUUCGGCGUUCUUUGCUUGUACUUGGGAGGCAACAAGCCGGAUGGCAUGACAAGCCCCAUCAAAAAUACUUUGUUUCUUUCUUGUUCGCGAGUCGAGAGCUCCUGCCGAGAUAAUCUCCGUUUUUGGAGGACUCUUGUAACAUACCACAUCAGAGUAGCGAGAGAGAUACAGUACAGUAGUAUAGAGAAGUUCUAUAGCAAUAGCGGAUGGUGGUAUAUGUAAAGUGGUG